AUGUUUAUGACCCAUAACUCAGCAUUUCAUUACUCAUCUCAUCACUAUCGAUGUUUGAAAGAGCGUAUUCAUGCCCGUGUUGUACUUGCACUCGAAUAUCCAGAAUAUUUAAAAUACUCCGAUAUUCAACAGAAAGAAAUACCAAUAUUGGAUAAGAGUUGUUAUGAAACAUCGGACGGUCAUUCUUUAAAAUUAAACAUGGAUCUUAUUCAAAAUAAAAAUAAUAAUGUACAAGCUGAACAACAACAAUGUUCAACAAUUAUUCCAUUACAAUCGCCUAUCAGAACAUUUCUUACAUCUACAAUAAUUGAUCUACAGCAAACAGUUCAUGAAUACGAAUUUGGUAUUGGUGUCGUAGCACGAACAGAAAAAGAAUUAAAAGAAUUUCAAUACCAAUGUACAAUGAAUUAUUUACUCUAUUCUAAAUCAAAUUCAUUUGUCGCAGAUAGUUUUGAAUUACAACAUUUAAAACGAUAUAUUCAAACAGGUAUUGAUUUAUCGCGUCUAGAAUAUGCCAUGAUUGUUUUAUUGAAUGGUAUUCAAAAUGAUCAAGUGAAAGACACCGAUUUAACAGUAUUCAAUAAUCAUUUAUUUAAUAUUCAAUUAAUUCAACAUGAUGUUAAUGAAACAUAUGAUCAGUUAUUCGUUCGUAUAAAAAAUGUAUUACUGCCACAAUCUUAUCAAUCAGUGAUCAACAGUAAACAUCCAAAUAUUAUUAAAGAUUUACCAUCAUCAAAAUAUCCGUGUUUUGUGCAACUAUUAAAUACAACAAAUGCAGUAUGUGUUACACAUAUUUUAACAAUUCUUGGUGAAAAUGAAAAAAGUUCACAGUUGAUUGAAUCAAUUGAAUUGACUGGUAUUCAAUCAAUAUGGUUAAAUUUAAAUAAAGCUCAUGUUUCAUCAUUUUUAACUAAUGAUGAUUUAAAACCAAAAUUAUUGGCAAUUCGUAAUCUAUUAUUAAAUGAGAAUUACAUAAAAUUAGUUAUACAUUGUUCAGCUGGUCUACAUCGAACGGGUACAAUUUGUUAUUUAAUAUUUCGACUAUGUAAUUUGACCGUGAAUCAAGCAUUAUUUGCUUUAAAUUUAUCUAGAGGAAUAACAGCCCGAGAAGUAGGAAAAGAACGAAUAUUAGCAGCAGAAGAGCUGAUAUUACCAACUAUUUCAAAAUAA